AGACUGCAUCUAAAGGCGAUAAACAAGCAUCAAUGUAUGUAUGUUAGAUAUAUGCAACCUCGCCGUCAUGGCUUAUAGGAUUUAAGGGCUGGGUCUAUAUUAAUGCACCCCCCUCAGGAGCAACGUUAAAAUAAAUCAGAUCUCUCUGAGCGACUUGUGUUUACACAGGAGCAAUCCACAGCCACGUUUUAGCAAGCAAGCUGGGUUGGGACAGUACAGUACAGUACGGGACUGUUUAGCUUUUUGAGUCACUGCCCAUGCAAACAGUGGAGCGCCAGAGCAGGGAAGCAAGGUACAAAAUACAUGAUCUUAUAAGUUAAUUUACCUGAAGUCCAAGAAGGAAAAACUGUGCAUCGGAGAUAUUUUGAUAACAUGGAUUUUGCAGCUGAUCGGCAGGGCGAGCACAUGUUGUUGUGCAUGUAGCAAAUCGCUUGGUUGUAGGAACUUUCACUGUGGAUGUGGACAAGGAAACUGUUGCAAACUAACCACAACUACUGCGAUCUUGGUUGCAGGGAAUGGUAGGAUACAUCGACAUCCUUUUUUGAAAAUAGUCUUUAGUCCCACAUCGCUGUCAACGAGCUGAAAGUCGACAUGGAGAGUCAGGAUGAGAGGGAGAGCAGCCCCCCGAAGUCGGACAGGACGUUCUCCCUGACUUACAUCGGCUGGUCCUCGCUUGACAGGCGGUCCACCCUGCCCAUGCUGCCGUGGCUGGUGGCGGAGAUCCGGAGGAAAUGUGAGAAAGGCGACUGCGGCCCCGUGGUGCAGCCGAGAGAGGUCCAGCUGGCCCUCAACCCCCCCUUCAUCCGAUGUGUGCCCUCCAACAGCAACAACUCUUCAGUCUUUAUAUUUGAACACAAAGCACAGCUCAUCUCUCGCUUCAUCCACAACAGCAAUGACCUCACCUACUUUGCCUAUCUCCUGCGGGGCCAGCCUGACAACCCAGAGUCUGAGAUGUCCUGUCACGUCUUCAAGGCCGGAGACCCCAACCAGGUCCCCGAGGUGAUCAGCAGAAUUCGCCAAGUGUCCAAAUCGGCGCUAAAGGGAGACACCAAGCCCAAACAGGAAGCUGAAGAGGCCUUCUACAACUCCCAGAAGUUUGAAGUGCUUUAUUGUGGCAAGGUGACAGUUCUGCACAAAAAGGCUCCAUCCACACUCGUUGAUGACUGCAUUGAUAAGUUUCGUCUGCAUGAGGUCGAGCGAAAGCGCCUGCGCCUGCUAAAUGGCCAACGGGGGUCCACGGAGAAUGCCCCUGUGGAGUUCCUUAUUGGGGAAGAUGGAGACCCCCUCUCCUCUGUUCUGAAUGAGAGUGUACAAGCCCCGGAAAGCCCAGGAGUGGAGGAAGUGAAUGUAGGUGGAGGUAAAGGCCUGUCUAACAGCAGCAGUCAGAGCAGUCUGCGAGGAGCGUUCCCCGAGUGCAUCCUGGAGGAUUCUGGGUUUGAGGAGCCUCAGGAGUUUCGAACCCGCUGCAGCAGCCUGGCAGGGAGUCUGCAGAGGAAGCCGGGGGAGGGGGUCAUCAUGGGUCCCACCCGCCGCAGACACUCGAGCGCACCAAACCAUGUCCAACCAUCCGAUUCAGACAAGAACCGCACCAUGCUGUUCCAGGUUGGGCGUUUUGAAGUAAAUCUCAUAAGUCCGGAGAGUAAGACGGUGGUGCUGGAGAAGAACUUCAAAGACAUCUCAUCCUGCUGUCAGGGUGUCAAGCAGUCCGACCAUUUUGGAUUCAUCUGUCGGGACCCAGUAGAGUCUGGUCCCAGUCAGUAUGUGUGCUACGUGUUCCAGUGUGCCAGUGAGUCCUUGGUGGAUGAGGUGAUGCUGACCCUGAAGCAGGCCUUCAGUACGGCCGCAACCCUGCAAAGCAACAAGACCCCCAUCCAGCUCUGUGAAGCCUGCCCCAUGCAUGACCUGCACAAGCUCUGCGAGAGGAUCGAAGGUCUCUACCCACCCAGGGCAAAGCUAGCCAUCCAAAAAUAUCUCUCCCAGCUGACUGACACUGAGCAGGUUGACAUUUUUGAGCGAGUUCAGAGGUUGAAGCCCGGGUCAGACCAAGAGGAGAACGAGCUGGUGAUUCUCCAUCUGAGACAGCUCUGUGGAACCAAACAGAAGACCCAUCUCCACAUUGGAGAAACCCCCCAGAAUGCACCAAACAGCCCCUCAGCAGCAGACGGCUCAUCCACCAGCAGCCGCUUCAAACUCGAUGUUCUGAAGAAUAAAGCCCGCACCUCCCUCACCAGCUCCCUGGAGAACAUUUUUGCAAGGGGUGCCAGCCGGAUGCGGGGCCGUUUGGGGAGCAUGGGAAGCCUCAGCAGUUUUGAAAGGGAUGAGGAAUCUCCAGGUCAUUCCCCUCCAGGUUCCCCUCCUGCUUUCCCUGAAGACGACCCGGAUGCUGGUCAGUUCCGUCCACGUGCCCACACCUUCAGCCAUCCACCUGUGAAGAAACGCAUCUCCUUCGAGGGCCAGCUGAGCAGCCAGAGACAGGCUCCACUGCGCAGACAGCAGUCUGUUAACCCAGAGCUGCUGCAGAGCAGUCCCGGGGCGGUCUCGAGAACGCGCAGCGUUUCGGAGAGCGAGUCCACCUUCAGCCUCCCCUCCUCCUUCUCCGCCCCCACUUUCCUGAAAAGCAUUUACCAGGGCUCACUGGGCUCCCUGAGCUCCCUGGCAGACAGUGGGAGUCUAAAGAGCAAUGGGGAAGGCAGGAAGAGGACCCUGUCUGCCUGCAGCAAUGACUCAGUGAGCGGAGCCCUCCCUCCGACCCCACGCAGGGUCUCCUGGAGACAGAAGAUCUUCCUGAGGGUCGCAUCGCCCAUGAACAAGCCGCCCGCAUCGAUGCAGCACCCAGAGCUGUUGCCUCUCUCUCCUUCUGGUUUUGACUUGAGUCUGGAUCCUUUGGGCCGUCUGCUGCCAGGGGCCAGGGACCCCAUUACCGGGGAGAAGCCUAAGAAGACGGGGGCUGACUACCGGGCCCUCUGGAAGACCGCCAUCCAUCAGCAGAUCUUGCUGCUGCGCAUGGAGAAGGAGAACCAGAGGCUAGAGGAAGCAAGCCGGGAUGAAUUGCACAUUCGCAAGAUGAAGCUGAACUACCAGGAAGUGGGCCAGUGCUCCAAAGAAGCGCAGGCAUUGUGGGAGAGAAAACUGACAGCCCCGGGCAGAACAACAGUCCCACAAGACAAGGAGGAGCUGUAUCGUGCACUCUGCCAAGGUGUUCCCAAGAGCAGGCGAGGGGAGGUGUGGUUGCUCCUUUCCCAUCAGCGCCGGCUGCGUCACAGGCUGCCUCAGCGUCAGCAGGCUCUGGACAUCCCAUACCAGGACCUGCUGAAGCAGCUCACUGCACAGCAGCACUCUAUUCUGGUGGAUCUAGGCCGGACCUUCCCCAACCACCAGUACUUCUCAGCGCAGCUCGGCGCAGGGCAGCUUUCCCUCUACAACCUCCUGAAAGCCUAUUCUCUGCUGGAUACAGAGGUUGGCUACUGCCAGGGUAUCAGCUUUGUGGCUGGAGUGCUGCUGCUUCACAUGAGCGAGGAACAGGCCUUUGACAUGCUGAAGUACUUCAUGUAUGACCUGGGCAUCAGGCAGCAGUUCAGACCGGACAUGGUCUCUCUGCAGGUUCAGAUGUACCAGCUCUCCAGGCUGUUGCACGACUACCAUCGCGAGUUGUACAAUCACUUUGAAGAGCACGAGAUCUGCCCCAGCCUCUACGCAGCACCGUGGUUCCUCACUCUCUUCGCCUCACAGUUCCCCCUCAACUUUGUGUCCCGCGUCUUUGAUUUUGUAUUUGUCCAAGGGACCGGGGUGAUCUUUAAGGUGGCCCUCUGUCUGCUGGGCAGCCAUGAGGGGGAGAUAGUGGAGUGUGAUAGCUUUGAGAGCAUUGUGGACUUUCUGAAAACUACACUUCCUGCUCUCACUCAGACACAAAUGGAGCAGACCAUGGCAAAGGUAAUGGAGAUAGACAUCUCCAAGCAGCUGCAUGCAUACGAGGUGGAGUACCAUGUCCUGCAGGAUGAGAUGUUGGAGUCCGGCACGCUGCCUGAUGACUCUGACCGGCUCGACAAACUAGAGAAGACAAAUGUGCAGUUGAAGAAACAGAACAUGGAGCUGCUGGAAAAACUUCAGGCUGCACGGCAGAAGAUUCAGACACUGGAGACGAGCGUAGAGAACUUCCUUUCUCGAGAGAGCAAAAUGAAGCACAUGAUUCGCUCUCUGGAGCAGGAGAGGGCAUCUCACCAGAAGACCAUUGAACGCAUGCGCUCAUGCCUUCCCCCUGACGCCCUGACAGAUGUGGAGAUGACCCAGAUCAAAACAGGACCCAACGGGAAAGCCAAAACUGCAGCCAAGAAACCCUGAUGGCAACCAGGGGGCUGCUGCUGCUGUGGGCAGAUGCACAGGCAGAGACUGAAGUGAACAAAUGCAGUGGAAAUGUAGUGCAAGGCUGCUGAGCUUCACAGCUAUUGUUGAACUGCUGUAAGAGUAGCAGGCUUUUGUAAAUGUGUGUCUGGACGUGCAGUAUGGGAAAUAUCUUCAUGGUAUUUGUCAGCAUAUAAUAGAGCAGUGGGAGGAUGGUUUCAUUUAUACUAGCAGACAGACUUUUCCAUCAAAGCGUCUCAUCUGUUUCACUGCCGGUUUGGUAUCAACAUGCACACCACCCUUUUCUUAUUCAGAUAUUUUUGGCAAUCACCGGGGAAUUCAUUAGAUUGACGUGAGAAAUCUUUUUUAGCACUGCCUUGAUGUAUUUACUAUCAACCUAAGUAGCACCGCAGAAGCAGUAAGCAGAAGUUGCCUGGAGACAAACAAUGUUUUGGACCUCAGGUUUAACUUUUAGCCAUUAGCGGUGUGUAUCAUGGAGUUGAUGCCCUGUUGUUUCUGAUCUUGUGUCUGUGAUGGAAACUCUGCCAGUUAUCACAGUGCUUUGUCAUUUCCUUGUAUUCUCUCAAAUGUGUGAAUGUAAUUUCCCUCCAAAGAUACUUUUGAUAACAUUCUGUUUCUUACAACAGAGAGUGCAAAUCUGCAAUAUUAGGCUUUACAUUUCAGACAUACUGUAUAUGGUAUGUUUCUCAGCCGUGAGAGAUCUUUAGUUCUUCUUGCUGCUUUAAAGGAGGAAGUGUUUCUUCCAAAGCUCAGGCAGGAUGUGAGGUCGUCUGCCUUCUCAGUUUCCUGUGUGACUGACCGCGGUGUCGCCUCGUUUUAGAAACACGUUCAGACACUGAGGCAGAGUUCACGCUCCCAGGAGGCACAGAAAAACAGACCACGGUGGAGGAGUGGUCUCGAUGUACAUCACAAGCUUCUCUUCUAAAUGUCUGUACGAAAUGUUGUGCUCAGGCUGAAGUUUGACAAAACUAGCAACACUCCUCCGUAGUUCUUGAAGCUGGGUCUAAAAGGAGCUAUUGUUGCUUGGCUCAAGAUUUCAUGACAACACAUAUCUGCAGUUGCAUUGCUGUUGUUCACAUGCCCAGUUUUAUGUUUGCAGUGAAACUGAAAUGUUUAUGUCAGUAGAGGGGCCACACAGGAAAUAAGAACUUAAUGCCAGUUUCAUUUUGAGUGUGGACAAGUCUCUCCUGAUACUUGGCAUUAUAAACAGUAUAUGUACACACACUUGCAUAUACACACACACAAUGUGCAGUGAGCUGUCUGACUGUAUGGGCAGACAGUUCAAAUGAGCACAAAGAGUGUCCUUGGCUCUCUCCUCAGUUUUGUUUUAUCCCACCUCCACGUCUGACUCACCAUUGCCAUUUCUGAUUGCAAGCAAAACAGUCCUGGGCUCGGCUUCGCUUUCAUAAAACACCUUUACAUUGAAACCAAGGUGAUGUUUAUCAAGUGAAAAGCACUUGCUAACAGUGUCUUCCUGUCCUUGGUUGUUUUGGGGAAACAUUUGUGUCUGUUUCAUUAUAAAGUUUUUACUUUCACAUUGAAGUCCAAGCAGACUUGUUCUUUGGCAUACAAUGCAAUAUGUGUAUGUGAAGCAAUCCUGUGUGUUUGCAUAUACUCAGAGCACUUGUUUACUUGCGCUAAUUGACAGGAGCAACAGUUAUUCACAAAUAGUUUGUGGAUAAAUCCGUCCAGACACUCUUUGUCAUGGUGUCUUGUGGUAAUUGAGGUGAAGUUGUAAAGGUUUACACCAAAUAUCUCAUACAUAUAAGAAAUCACCUCUGAAAAGCAGGGGUUCUCUCAACAGUUCAGAAAGUAAAACAUACCAAACAUCUCUUUUUGAAAUUUGUCAAAGGGUAUGGAUGCUGUCUGACAGCUUUAUGGCUUUCCUUCCUCUUUUUGCCUGUAGUCCACUCAUCUUCAGUAUUUGUGCAUAACAUAAGUUGACUGUUGAACCAAAGAAGUGGUUGCUUUUCAAAAAUGUAUGAAUGCAAAAUGAAUGACUUUAUCCAAAAUGCUGUGAUGUAUCAUGUAUGCUUAUGUUUUGUCACUACAUCUUUUCAGCUUUCUUUAAAGGUGGGGUAGGUAAGUUUGAGAAACCGGCUCGAGAUACACUUUUUGUUAUAUUCCAUGGAAUGCUCUUAACAUCCCGAUAGCAAUGAAUAUCUUAAAUGCUUUGACAAAAAAUCCAUUAAAAAAUGUCAUCUGUGGAAGCCGUAAUACUGUAAAAAGCACGACCAAUCAUUUUAGCCGGCCCGGCUAAAAUAACUGGAUGGCCUACCUGCCUGACAGCCUUCCAUCUGUGCACAAACUUAUCUCGUGCCCUCAUUGGUCAUGUGCGCGUUUGUGUGUGUUGGAGGAGGGGCUCUGUAAGGAAGUGGCAGAUUUGUUCCGGCUGUGUAUUUUCAAAGCGCACUCGAGCUGGUUUCUCCAAAAUUACCUACCCCACCUUUAAGUUUGUUCUAGGACAAAAGCUUGAAAAAAUACCAAAAUAUAGCAGUAAAAACUUGACCCUGGAAAAAAAAGAGACCAUUGGCAGAUUUGUUUACACAUCAUUUUCAUUGUAUUCCUUCGUGCCAAAAGUAGAUAAUGGCCUUUACUCUCCAUUAAUCGGAGAUAAGAGACCAUUAUUUUAUAUCAGGUGCUCAGACUCCUGACUACUACAUAGGUCCUUGUAUCACUGUGUUUGAAAUCAAAGAUAUUUAAUCAUGCUUUUCUGUCAACAUGAGGGCUACACAAAAACAAAAGACACUGUCAUGAUUUCUUCAAUAAACACCUUGCCUUGUU